GAGCCUCUAGGCUCAGCAAUUGGAAAGUGGGGAGGUUUAUCAAUAGGGACUGGAGAACAUCACCUCAGAUAUAGCAAAGCGCUGGAGAGAAUGCUGGUUCAACUCAUGAUGGAAGAGCAAAACGUUACCACAGAAGUCCCAGCAGCCCUAAAGCGCCUGGCCAAAUACACAGUGAGGGGUUUCUAUGGAGUAGAGUACUCCCUGGCUGUGGAUGUACUGACCCGCUACCCCUGUGUGAAAGAGGAUGACUUGUUACAGCUGCUCAAGUACGAACGCAAACAGCUGCGCACUGUUCUCAACACACUCAAGGCAGACAAGUUUGUGAAGCUGCGUAUGCGAGUUGAAACAGGGCCUAAUGGGAAGAGCACAAGGCACAACUACUAUUACAUCAAUUAUAAGGUGUUGGUGGAUGUGAUAAAAUACAAAUUGGACCAUGUACGGCGGAAAAUAGAAGCAGAUGAGCGGGAUUCAACUACCAGGUCCUCCUUUAAAUGCCCAUCUUGUUCUAGCACAUACACAGAUCUGGAGGUCAAUCAACUCUUUGAUGUAUUUACAGAGACUUUCCGCUGUACUUACUGCAGUACUGAAGUAGAGGAAGAGGCCUCAGCACUGCCUAAGCGAGAUGCUCGAACCUUGCUAGCAAAAUUCAAUGAGCAGAUGGAACCUAUCUUUGUGCUACUGCGUGAGACGGAAGAUACUGUUCUGCCAUAUGACUUGUUGGAACCUCAGCCAACAGCAAUCCCGGGGAUAUCGGAAAGUUUUGACCAGAAUGCAUGUUCAAGCAUGCUGGAACCCUGCAGCAGACCUGAAAAAUGGGCCACCAAAAAUUCCUCUUUUGGCAAUAUGUAUAGUCAAAACUUAAUUAUUGAUGUCCAAGAUUCUGAGCGCAAGAAGAAAAAGAAAGAAAAAACAACUAAAGAGCAACCUAUCUGGAUGUCAGAGAGCACUGUGGAGGGAGCAACAACAGCUAUCAUCAAUAAUGCUGGAACAAAUGCUUCUGAAGAAGCAGAAGAAACUGUUAAAGAAACUGUCACUGAGAACGAAAUCAUCAAGACUCUUCUCAUCCAUGAAUCCAUGAAGUCAUUGUCCAGUGCAGACUAUGCUCCUGCUGUCAAAAGCAAAUUACCUGAAGCAGGCAGUGACACUGAGUCUGAAAUCGCUAAACACUCAAGUACAGUAAUAACAAAAUUAGCAGGCAGCAACUUUGAACAAGAGGAAGAGCAAGAAGCAUUAGAUCCUAUUUUAAUGGUAGCUGGUCAGCCUUACUCAUAUGGUGAAAUUAGUGAAAAUCCAGAGCUUGUGUCUCUCAUGACAAAUGAAGAGAGAGAAGCUUAUAUAAAAGUAGGACAAGAAAUGUUCCAGUCUGUGUUUGAGUAAAUACUACUGCACUGAAUAUACAUGCCUCUAUUGAAUGGGUAAAGUUUUCUUUUGGAUUAAGACAAAGUUAGCUUGAUCACUUAACUUAAAAUCUUAAAUUUACCAUUGAUGAGUUAUGUUUUGUUUGAAUGCCUUCUGUCAGCAAGAUUGAAAACUAAAUAUUACCUGUAGGAGGCAACUACAGUUCAAAAUACUAGCACUGCAGUAAAAAGGAGCCUAAAGUUACUAUGGUUUUUCUGUUGUUUUAAUGCCUACUUUUUUGUGAAUACUGUAAUCAGUAAUUCUAGAGCAUAAAUAAUUCCAAAAUGCAACUGAAUAUUGUGAUCUGAUUAAAAUAAAGUUUCAAAAGCAAUGUCGUAAUCUAUUUAAAAAAAAUCAGUUGUACCUUCCUCCUGGAAUUUGCAAAAGUGAGUCAUAUUCCAACAGGAUUUGGCUUCACUCUGUAUCAGUAUGUUCUACAUAUUGGCUUGCAGGUCAUUCUCUACAUAGUAGCAAUACGUGUCAGAGCAAUUUCCCUCAAUGCAAAGAGCUGCUACUAAAUUUUGUUAGUGAUAAAAGAAAAUCAGUUCUGGUAUGUUAAUUUUCAUCAAAAGUAACAAAAUAGAAAAAAAAACUAAAAAUGCUUUUCACUUUUUGUUCCAUACAACUACUCUUAAGGGGAUGAACAGCACAAUGAAAUUCAGAAUUGUGAACAGUUUCAAAAAAUGUCUGUUCCCAUUUCAUUGUUAUUUCCUUAUAGAAGGCUGUACAGUAGGCAUGAGCUGCAAGGCAGCCAUUUAGUCACCCCAACAGUUGCCUUCAACACUUUUUUUUUCCUCCUCAAGAUGCCUACAGUGGGCAGUGUACUGUAAUGUUCAUUUUGGUCCAGAUUGCUAUGCAAGCAGUUUAUCAAGAAGAAAUUUCCAUUCAUACUCUUCUGCACUCAUUUGAAGUGAGAUUCUUUCUAACACUACUGGAAAGAAAGACAUUCUACUUGAAUGGAACUACAUAAGAGUGGAAGUAUCGGUAUCAGAGUAUAAGAUACAGCUUAAUUCCUUUAGCAAAUAUACUAUUUUAGCUUAGCUGGGAAUAAUUAAAAUAGAAUAUGAGUACAAACUGAAAUAGAGGAACCUGUCUGAACAUCAGGAAGUACUUCUUCACUCUGAUGGUGACUGAGUGCUGGAACAGGUUCCCUAUAGGUUAUAAUGUCUCCCAUGCUGUAGAUUUCAAAGUUGCCUGGAUAAGGUCCUGCACAACAGGCUCCAGGUGGCCCUGCUUGAGCAAGAGGGCUGGACAAGGUCAUCUCCAAAGAUACCUUCUAUCCUCAGUUAUUCUAGGAUUCUGUGAAGAGAGAAAGUGUGAACAAAGAAAUACCAAAGGUAGAUGGAUUAGUAUGAAGAGAAUUUGACUUACAGUGUCAGAGGAAGAAGAAUGGCAGAGGCUUCACUCUUGUCACAGAGUAAUUCAACCACUAUUGAAGUUUUCUGACCAUGAAAAAUGUUUCUUGCUUGAAAACAGUGAGCGUGAAUUCUUUCUCCAGUCUCACAUGCCUUAUUAACUGGGGAAGUUAGGCUGAAGUACAGCCUAUGCAUUACAGUACUAGUGCUCUGAAUAGUAACACAAUUACAGGGGCAAUUUCAAUUGUUAUUAGACUACUUUAAACAACAACAAAAACCUUUAAACCCUCAACCCUACCAAGUUACUAACAAAAACUAAGGCAAAAAUGUUAUUCCUAUAUAGAAGCCUGAUGUGCAAUACUUUGUACUUCAUAUUAAGAUUUUGUAACCAAAAUUUCCUUAAAAAAUUUCCUUAAGCAAUUACAACUCACAGAACAGACACCAUAAUACAAUUGACUUCUGCAAAGCUAUACACAAGAAAUCACUCUCACAUCUGCAAUCAGCAUACAGUAAAGGGAAGAACUUUUCAUUAAUGAUUUGUCUCAGGUUGGCCUAUUAUUUCUGACAGUUGGUUACUAUUGCCAUUUUCUUCCCCUCAACACAUCAGCUUCCUGAUGCUUAUCACUAUCAUCAACUUUAUUUUCACAACUAAAAACAAUUCUUCACUUCCUUCCAUAGAUCUUGAAACAGAACAUUUAAUCCUGAAGUUGCAGCUAAAGACUUCACUUACACUGCACACUAUCAGCCUUCCUUAUUGGUCCCAAAGCUGUUAGAGCAAGACCCCCUACAAAGAGCUAUGCUGAGUACAAGGUCUUAUUUUAAAGGCUCGUUCCCUCCUGUGCCCACCUGCAGCAGUGGUAUCAUUCCUGCUGGUGUGACUAGGAGGUCAGUAUUACUUCUCUAUGACCAUUAUGGCAUACACUGCUAGCGCUGAAUGUAUUUAGGGUAAGUACUAUUCUUUACCUUGUCUCAUUCAAAAUUAUAUUUAACUAACCCAUCUGUACAUUUAGACAUCCUUCCUUAGUUUUGACAUCUAUUAUAGCUGACCACCCUUUGUGGAGGAUAGUUUUCAACAUCAAUUAUAAUUGCAAUUUUAUCUAACGUUGCCAAGCAUUGCCUCAUUUUUUAAAGUUACAAUGGAUUUUAUGCACACUUCCUCAAUUGCAAUUUGAUCCCUCAUCAAAGCAAAGCCAGUGGCCCACCUGUACUACUCCUUUGUCUCAGUAAGCAUUCAUAAUCUUCACAGAAUCCAAUCAGUUUUUGCUCAAAAUUUCAUCAUCAGAGGUAGGGCAAAUCCAUCAGAAAUUAUUAUUCAUAUGUAGCAUUAUGGAAUGCUCGUCCUGGAACAGUUUGUGCUCAUGUAUCCUGAGCUUAACAUUUAAUGUGUAAAUGAUAUUUUGCCUUAAAUGAGAUUAUAUCCUCUUUUAGGUUUACCGAUUCUGGUGUUCAUUUAGUGAUUAAAAGCUUUCAUUGUGUUUCAUUUUCACCAGCUUGCAAUGUCACAGUGUACUUCCCUUAUUCUCUACAUCACAGUGACUAAAGCCUUUGUGGUAACUAAAUUGUCUUUAAACCUUUUAAUAUGUAUAAUUUUGCUUUUACAAUCACCUCUUAUAUCUAAUCUGCCAUUUCAAAAUCCAUUCAUAAAAGCUGAGGCUCAAAACCAAAGAAUAAUAAAAAGGGAAAUCACAGUAGAAUCACACUCAUUUUAUUCAAACUUCAUGCUACUUUGGGUAUAUUUAACCUUCACUAUUACUAAAAUGUCUUCCAUACUGUAUAGCCAUAUUGUAACACUAACCAAAAAGGAAGCAAAUUCUGAACUUAAGGUAAUCAUUACUUU